AUGAUAUUCUACAAGAACUUUCAUCAGAAUAACGUCUGGGCGCGCCUUCUAAAACGCCCGCGAAUUUUAGAAAUGUCUACAUGGAGUGCUGGGGAUAUUUCUGCCGAAGAAAAAAACGAUAUAAAUUCUACACUGAAGCAUACAAACUAUGGAUCAAGCAAUUUUUUGGAUGCACAAGACUUUAUUGAUCCCACUUGGAGUUCACAGACAUCAUAUAUGACAAUUUCAGAUACAAGUGAUGCGUCUACACCGAAUGCUAAUUCUUCUAUGGAUGAAACAUUUUCUCCGAGUAAAAUAUCUCUGAAUUCAUUUAUUAAAGCCUCUUCAUCACCUAGAGUUAAUAAAGAUGAAGAAAAAGAAGAAAGUGAACCUCAUGAAAAAUUAAUUCAAGAAGAAAUUGUUCAGAAUAAAAAGAAUAAAAUAAUUUUAAUUCAUGCAUUAGAAAAAUCAGCUCAUCAUUCCAACUCAUCCCAACUAUCCAAUAUAACAGAUGAAUCAUUAGGUGAACAUGAAAUCAUUGUACGCUUAAAUCAUGUCGAUCAAGAUAAGAAUAAUGUAUUGAAUACAGACAAUGCUACAAUGUCUUCAUCUUCUAUAAAUAUAAAUGAAAUAAAUCAAUCUUUAAUAACUCAAGAUAUACAAAGUGUUUUGUAUACUUCAUCAGAUACAAUUUUAGAGUUUAAAGAUCCACCAAAGAAUAAUAUAUCAAAUACUGAUCAAUAUCAUAAUGAAUUCAAUAAUCUUCCAGUAUCAUCAUUGUCAUCAUCACUAGGAGCAAUAACCAUGUUAGAUAAUCAACCUGAAGAUGAAAAUCCUUCUAGUAGAUUAAAUAAUAAUAAUAAUAAUAAUAAUAAUAAUAAUAAUAAUAAUAAUAAUAAUAAUAAUAGUGAUAAUAUUCUCCCGAGUUUUCAAAACAAUGUAAUCAUACCUAUUGAAAAUGAAAUUCAUUCAUCUGUAUACAAAUCUAACAUAUCACAACAAUCUAAUGAAGAACAAUCUAUGAAUCAUUCUAUAGAUAAACUUUUGAAUAAUUCUACAACAUUAUCAAAUGUAAUUAAUGAGACAAUGUUUAUACAACCAAAUUUAAGUGAAAUAAGUCAAUUGACUUCAGGACCAGAUGAUGAAAUCGUUAAGACAGUUGUAAAUAUUAGUGAUGAAUAUAAAGGAUCAAUGAAUCAGUUAAGUACAACUAAUAUUCCAGCCUAUUUAGAUCGUUGUUCACCAGCACAAGUUGUUGCUGUUACCGGUGGUGCACCAUCAGAUAUUAUACGUAAUGUUGAAGUAGAUUUCGAUGAAGAUUAUAAUGAUUGUGACAAUAAUAUAUUAAAAGAUGAUGAAGAUUCUUUGAAGAUAACAACAACUAAUAAUAAUAAUGCAGAUAAGCCUACAAUCUCUACUAAUCUUGUCAGACAACGUGGGCAUAGUUUAGAAACAACAAAAUCUCAACGACCAGUCAAUAUUAAUAUUGACUUACGCGUUGUUUCACAGUUAACUCCAAGUACUCCUGAAGAAGUUGAUGCCUCCUCAGAACUUGUUUUUAGUAACUUUAUGAUAGAUCGAUAUAUGUUAGAAGUCUCAGCAUCAUCACGGGCAUCAUCAUCAGAGUCUAACGCUUCAGCUUCGGCUUCAGUAAAUAUCUCAGGAAUGACCCUGUCACGUUUAUCAGACGAUCCUGUCAGUAAUCAACUUUCAUCUUUACGACGUGCUGAACCAAAUAGCAUUGAAGCUAUAGUCGCUCGUAAUCUAGCUGAGAUGGGUGACGAAAUCAACCGUAUUUAUGGGCCAAGAUUAGAUCGAAUGAUUAAAUUACUACCAGUUGAAGAGUGUCCUUUGGAAAUGUUUUACAAUGUGGCUCGUGUAUUAUUUACACGUGGUCCAACAAAUUGGGUCAAAGGCAUUGCUAAUGCUUUCUAUCAAGUCUGUCGAUGUUUAAUUAAUUUUUGUCGACAAAUUAAUAUUUUUGUUUGGAUUGCACAACAAGGUGGAUGGCGUAUCCUUCAGUUCUUACGAUCUUAUGGAACAUACAAUGAUGAAUGUGUGAACAAUGAAAGUCAUCCAACUGUAUCAGAUAUUAUUUCCUGGUCAGAGAAUCAAUCAAUAAAUGAUUCUUCGAAUAAUCGAUAUUCUGUUGUUGAAAAUUCACGUUUGGUUAUUCCUUUAGUUUUGACAAGUACCGGUUUUGUUGUGAUUGCUAUGGCUAUUUGGAUAUACUUGCGCCGUUCAUAG